AUGGCUUCUAUGCAGCAGCGAAAGGCGGAGAUCCUGGCCAAAAGAGCCAAACUUGCAGAACUCAAGCGACAGAGGGAGCUACGCCAGCAGGAGUUCUCCCAAACACGGGCUAACACCGGGGAUGCUUCAGAGAUUGUCUCCCCGGUCCCCAGUCGUUCUGAUAGUAGAGCAGAGCUCGAUGAUCUGAUCUCUCGUCUCGUUGACCGCCCCGGAUCGGCUUCUAUAAGCCACGGGGCAGAGGGCCCCUCGCGAAAAGGGAGCAGACCAAAUUCCGUGCUGAGUGCCAGUCAGCUGAGCGGCGAUAAUACCGAAGCAUUCAGUCCUACGACGCGGCCGUAUUCGCAGUCGAUCGCGGUUCAGACUGUCGGAGCGGAGACCUACCCCUCUGGCCCUGAUGCACCUCCCCCUGAGCCGAAACCGGAAAUCGUCACGUACAGCAAAGCAGUACAGACCGAUGACUUGAAACAGUACCGGCAAGAUGGUUCGUCGGCUGAGUCAGAAGGCGAAGAUUCUCAGGACCAUCUAGGUUCAAAUAAUAAACGUCGGACCAAAAAAGAGCGCGAAAGCGAUGAGGAAAUCCGAAAAAAACUCCGGAAGGAAAUUGAAGAGGAAUUACGGGCCACGCAGCAGAAUUCCCAUAACGACGCUGCUUCCGAGCCGACACACCUGCGAUACCCGUUGCGCACCCUGGAGGAGGACGAGUUGAAAGCAGUCACCUCCUCUGACGAGUUCUUGGACUUCGUGGAACGGUCGGCAAAGGUGAUUGAACGUGCACUCGACGAAGAAUACGAUGUUCUCGCAGACUAUGAACUUGGGGGAGUCUAUGGCGAGCUUGAGGAUGAUGAAGAACAUGGAAGGAAAAGGAGAGGUAUCAGGGAGGUUUGCCAAUUCUGGGAUGAGCGAUGGAGCAAGAAGCGCAUGAUCAGUGACGUGAGCUUUUCUCCAAAGUUUCCAGAACUUGUUUUGGCCUCGUAUACCAAGAACCCUUCGGCGCCCCAUGAGCCAGAUGGUCUUGUGCAGGUCUGGAACCAACACCUGCACUCUCGCCCGGAAUAUGUCUUUCAUUCUACCUCCGAUAUCCUGACAGCUAAAUUCUCCCCAUUCCAUCCUAACCUUAUCGUCGGUGGCUCCUACUCAGGACAAGUCUUACUUUGGGACACUCGAUCAUCACGAGCGGGCGGUGGUGCACCGGUGCAAAAGACACCGUUGACCGGGUCUGGUCACACACAUCCGGUUUACAGCAUUUCGAUCAUUGGUACACAAAAUGCUCACAACAUCUUGACUGCUUCCACGGAUGGCGUUGUUUGCAGCUGGACAGUUGACAUGCUUUCCCAACCUCAGGAAUACCUCGAACUGUCCACCCCUCCGCCGUCGAAAACAGAAGACCUUGCGCCCACUACCAUGUCAUUCCCGCAAUCGGACCCAACUUUCUUUAUUGUUGGUACCGAAGAAGGAGGCAUAUAUCCUUGCCACCGUUACGAUCGGGCCGGUGCAAAGGCAGGUACAGACCACCGUCUUUCAUACCGCGGCCAUGCAGCCCCAAUUAUGUCAACUGCAUUCCACCCGGCACGAGGGCCCGUGGACUUGGGCGACUUGAUGUUGAGCUCAAGCUUAGACUGGAGUGUAAAACUGUGGCGUGUUCGACCGCCGGCAACCACAGCGCCGGCCACCUCGGCCAUAACGGCAGCACAAGUCGUGACACCCAUCCUCGAUAUCAACCGAGAGGAUGUCGUCUAUGAUGUGCGCUGGUCUCCCCAUCGCCCUGGAGUCUUCUCCCUUGUCGACGGUGCUGGUCACCUCGAAGUUUGGGAUCUCUACGCUGACACCGAGGUGCCUGUCGUGCGGACAACCCCAUCCACGGGCCGUGGGGGUAUUUUGACCAGGAGCCUCAACAAGGUUGCUUGGGAAGAACGGGAAGGCAAGCGGAUUGCAACUGGUGGACUCGAUGGUGUCGUUACAGUAUUCGAGGUAGGAAAGGGCCUUAGUGGUACCCCUGAGGAUGUUCCAGCCGAGGAGUGGACAGGAAUGAAACGACUGGUAGGGAAGCUGGAGCAAAGCGACCGGAUGAACUGA